UAAUUUUUUUUUAGGAACAUUUACUCUUAAUUUGAUCUAACCACGCUUGGACGCUCAGGUCAAAAUACCGGCCAUUUACCAACAGCCUACUCGCGAGCUCCCCGAUCCCAUCGGCGAGGCUAGGCGGCCGCUUGCGACUUUUAUCGACAAGGUUUCGUUCGUGGUUGUUCUGUCGCGGGUGUAGGGCGCUGCUGAUGGCAGGGACGCCGAAGAACGACGCGGCAGAGGCGGCCAAGAUGGACCUGCUCGAGGAUGACGACGAGUUCGAGGAGUUUGAGGUCGACCAAGAGUGGGAUGACAAGGAAGAUGGGGAUGAAGCAGUUCAGCAAUGGGAGAAUGACUGGGACGAUGAUGAUGUCAAUGAUGACUUCUCCUUGCAGCUCAGGAAAGAGCUGGAGAGCUACUCGUCAAAGAACUAGGAUUUGCGGUCUUGCAUUUGCGUUCUGUGAUCUUGUCCGACAACAGACAGCUACAGGCACCAUGUGUUCCUGUGAUAAAUAGUUCUUUCACAUUUUUUUUGUCAGACAACAGUACAGCACCAUCCUAGCAAUUUUAUUUUGACAGAAACUGCAGUUCAGUGA